AGUGACCGUCAAUUUGCAGUAACCUUUCCAAAUCACGUCCCCUCGUUCCUGGAAAAAUCUCACAAAUUCUGCCUGUAAAAUGGCCAGUGUCGAUGAUGAUAACUCUAACAGCAAUCUGACAAACAGUUCCGCUUCCAACAUCUCAUCAGCAUCACAGCAGAGCUCGGUGAAUUUGAAGAGCAGCAUGCUUCGUCCUUCGGCACUGUCGUGGAGUUCGUCUUCAAUGGCAAACACACCGAAUACCUCCACUGAGGUGCUCAAUUCCAACUCAUGUUCAUCCCUGUCCACCAGCAAUCCCUUUACCAAGUCGACCAGCGAUGAGAACGGCUCGGCCGAGAAGAAGGAUGAGGUUGAAUCAAAAGCUGAGGCGGCGGACAGGGAAAAUAAGAGCGAUCCUCUGUCGCUGAUCUCCAGAAAUGGCUUGCCGAAGUCGAAUCUGUUCAAUACGACCGGCAAUCCUAUAGCCAGCAACACGGGCUUCGUCUUUGGCCAGAAUCUUCACGAGCGCGUGACCGGAAAUACAAUUGACGCGAAGGACACUGGAGAGAAGAGCGACUCGGCUGAAGAAGCAGCUUCCGGAGGACCUUCCGGUGGCCUCUUCUUCUCUGCCGCUCAGCAGUCUCAGAACAGCAAUGCGAGCAACUCGGCAAACAGUCAGAAGAGCCUCACAGAAGUGGCCAGAGAGUACGAGGAGAGCAGGGCGCAGAAGAGGAAGUACGAAGAGGUGGAAACUAUAACUGGCGAGGAAGAUGAGAAGAACAUACUAGAUAUUAAUUGCAAACUCUUCACAUUUACGGCGAGCACCUGGGAGGAGAGGGGCAGAGGCAGCCUGCGACUGAACGAUCCCAAGAGUGGGAGGACUAAUGGUAUUUCGCGGGUGGUGUUCAGGGCGGCGGGCAGUCAUCGAGUGCUGCUGAACACGAAGAUUUGGCGAGACAUGGUGGCCGAGCGUUCGAGUCAAAAGAGCAUCCGACUGACGGCUAUUGAUAGUUCGGGCCAGAUUAAGGUCUAUCUGGUGAUGGCGAGGCCGUCGGACAUCAACACGCUCUACAUGGCACUCCAGAGGCGAAUCGACAUGGAGAUGCAGAAGCCGCCCGAGGCCGAGGCGGGGGAGAAGACAAAUGAUGUGAAAAAUCACGAGCAUGACGAUAAGGAGGGCGUGAGUCCCAAGAAGAAGGCCACCGUGAGCGACGAGGAGUCGUAAAGGAACAUGCGAGCGCGGAGACUUUGGCGUGAGGAGAGUAACAAAGGGAGGAGUCAAGGGGCGCGAGCCCUUUAUCGUCUAAGAAGUGACUAUUAAUAGAGUAUCUUGCAUCGAGAUUUUAAAUCGAAGAAAUUCUCUUCACGCUUGAUUUUUAAAAAGUAAUCACAUUAAUAUGUAAGUGAAUUGUGUAAAUUUUGAUGAAGAUGAACUAAUGAUGAGCUGGUGUAGAUUUCACUCUUCGUUCUUAGUCGAUUUGCUGGAGAAACUUUUUAUGAGAAACAAAAAUUUCCAAUUCGAGAAUAAAGGAAUUACUCAGAAAAAGCAAAGUGAUUUUUCCUCUCAUGCGUUUUGAGAAAAAAGAACAGUUUUUGAAAUAGAAUUUACAUUACAUAUAUUUUCAUACACAUAAUAAGGUAAAAUAUACAUUUUAAUUUUUUUUCAUUUAAUUCUUGUCCAUUAUAUAUAAUAAUAUAUUUAUAAACUUUCUCCACACUAUCAGACAUUUUUUUGCAUAUUUCUUAUUUCAUUUUUCUUCUAUAAUAAUCACAGAGAAAGAUUUUCAAAUAUAAUUUUUGCAAAUGAUCUUAUUCCUCGUCAAAAAAGAACAAAAGAAGUUUAUACUUAUAUACAAAAUUGCCAUUCUUGUUUUCUCAAAAGUAGAAAAAGGUUUACUUUUAUGUGCUUUCCAUGCGCAUUUUUCUUGAUUUUUGAGCAGUUUUUUUUUACAAAUCAAUCAACUCUCGAAAUUCUCGUGUACUGAAUUUUGUUAGAUUUUUUUCUUCAAUUUUUCUUUAUUAUUGGAAAGAAAG